GGUCUUUCAUCAAAUUAACAAUCUUCUCUUUCUUUCAGCAAUAAUAACACUCAAAAAAAAAAUGGUUCGUGCUACUAUCUUUGUCUCUGCUAUCUUCGCCAUGGUUGCCUUUGUUUCUGCUGCUCCUGCUGACGUUCAAAACAACGGUGUUGGUGCUGGUCUCAAGAAUAUCCUCAACGGUAUUGAUAUAAAACAUGUUGCUGAAGACAUCGAUGUUGCCAAGGAUGUUGAUGCCAGAAAGGCUGUCAGCAACAACAGAGUUGGUGUUCUUGGUUCCGCUUAAAUUAUCAUCAUCAUAAAGAAUUUGCUGUUAUAACAAAACGUUUAUUUCUUUCAGCAAAAUUGUCAUAGUACUCAUUUAUACAGAUAUAUAUACUUUAGAUAUAUAUUAAUUUUAUUCUUGUUUGUAUUUUCUUUUUUAGUGCAAAUAAAAUAGCAGUUUCUCUACCAUAA